AACUCACACGAGUGUUGGAUCUUAUCUUAGCUUUGCCUUGCUCAAAAGAACUCUUCAAAGGCGUCUGACUAUUAACAGUUGUUUUCUUGUAUAAAGCUGGAAACGAUUUCGAAAGUAUCUUUAAAAUCUUGACGUACGUCGGUCCACGGUGAAACAAAAGUUCAAGAGCUGUUGCUUCUCUUGAAAGGCGUGGCCGUCCAGGAAAGAUGACUGCCCGAUGCUCAAUGAGGCUCGGAGGACGUCGGCGAGCUCUCAAGAAAACAUUCGGAUGUCAUACACACUGGAAGCAGUCGGUCAGCAUGCAGGGGGAGAAGCCGAAGCCAUGCAGGCGCGCUACUCCGUCUCCAGCCCGAACUCCCUCGGAGUCGUGCCGUACAUCGGCGGCGACCCGGGCUACUACCGAGCCGCGGCCGGUGGCGGGUACACGGGCAUGCCGGCGCCCAUGAACAUGUACACCCACGCCGCGCACGACCAGUACCCGGCGGGGAUGGCGCGCGCCUACGGACCUUACGCCCCUCAGCCUCAGCCGAAGGAUAUGGUCAAGCCGCCGUACAGCUACAUCGCGCUCAUCACCAUGGCCAUCCAGAACUCGCCCGACAAGAAGGUGACCCUCAACGGGAUUUAUCAGUUCAUCAUGGAGCGCUUCCCGUUCUACCGGGACAACAAGCAAGGCUGGCAGAACAGCAUCCGCCACAACUUGUCCCUCAACGAGUGCUUCGUCAAAGUGCCGCGCGACGACAAGAAACCCGGCAAGGGCAGCUACUGGACCCUGGACCCGGACUCGUAUAACAUGUUCGAGAACGGCAGCUUCCUACGCAGGCGGCGGCGCUUCAAGAAGAAGGACGUGCUGAAGGAGAAAGAGGACCGGCUGCAGAAGGACGCGCCGGCCCGCCAGCAGCAGCAGCAGCAGCCCCGGGACCAGGAGCAGGCCGCCUCGCAACCCGUCCGCAUCCAGGAUAUUAAGACUGAGAACGGCAGCGUCACCCCCCCGCAGGCCAACUCCCCGUCCUUGAGCGCCGUGCCCAAGAUCGAGAGCCCGGACAGCAGCAGCAUGUCCAGCGGGAGCCCGCAUGGCAGCAUCCCGUCCGGCCGCUCCAUGGUGGCCAUGGAGCCCCCGGAGCAGCAGCACCACCACCACCAGCAGCAGCAGCAGCAGCACCAGGCGCAGGGCUUCAGCGUAGACAAUAUCAUGACCUCCCUGCGGGGGUCCCCGCAAGGGGCUCCCGAACUGCCCCCCGCAAGGACAGGCAUUGCCCCGUCGUUGACGCUCAGCUACUCCCCGAGUCAGACGUCCGCGUACAGCUCCGCCUGCACCCAGAACUCCAUCUCCACUACCUCCAACGCCACCUACCAUUGCAACAUGCAGGCCAUGAGCCUGUACGCCGGCGAGCGGGCCAGCCACCUGGCCGCCCCCAGCACCACCGUGCAGGAGGACGCCCUGCCCGACUACUCUGUCACCACCACCGCGUCGUCGCUGCAGGGCCACGGCGGCCUCAACUCGGGCCAGGACGGCCACCCGCACGCGCACCAGGGCAGGCUGACCUCGUGGUACCUCAACCAGGCCGGGGACCUGGGCCACCUGGGCGCGGCCUACCCGGCGGCGGCGGCCCAGCAGCAGAACUUCCACGCGGUGCGAGAGAUGUUCGAGUCCCAGAGAAUUGGCUUGAACAACUCGCCGGUCAACGGGAAUAACAGCUGCCAGAUGUCCUUCCCCCCGAGCCAGUCCAUCUAUCGCACUUCGGGAGCUUUUGUCUACGACUGCAGCAAGUUCUGAUUUUUAAAAACAAAAACAAAAAACCAAACAACCUGAUCGUCAAGUCCCGACGUCCAGUGCACCCCCCGCCCCAAUACUGUCCUAUUCAGUCCUUCGCCAUCCUCACCAAAAUGGACUAACAUGAGACAGAACACAAACAAACAAACAAAAACAUGUUUCUAAACAGUGUUACAGCAAAUAACACGUAAGUCUCUUUAUUUUUUUGUUUUUUGUUUUUUUUUGUUUAACAUGUAAAAAAAAAAAAAACUUUUCCAUGGACGUGUAACUUGCAUAUAGUAAUUUAUUUUCAAACUGUAGCCAGGAUAUUAUGGGCCAAACACACGCGCGCGAACACACACACACACACACACACACACACACACACCACACACACACACACACACACGACAGUGUUUCCUAAACUGAUCUACCCCAAUAAAAAAAAAAAAAAAAAAAAAAAAAAGUUCCAUUAUAAAAGUGACUGAAGGAACGUUUAUAUCGCCGUAUACUAUUUGGAAAAAGUCAUCAACAUGUUGAUAAGUAUUUUUAUUUUAUUUUUUUGGAAGGAUUUUUGCUUGUUUGUUUAAUAAAUGUUCAUUUUAUGUGA